GUGUCUUAGAGGCGGACGGGCUGGGAGUCUGUGACACAUGUUGAUCUCUGAAGCAUUCCAGGAGUUUCUACCUUUUAUCACGUCAAUAAUUGGCUGCUGAAGGUAGUAGAAGAAGUACGGAAUGAUAAGCACUUUUGCUUUUUAAAAAUAUUUUUUAAUGGCAUAUUUUACUUUGGGGAAAAAAGACGUUCUUAGGCACAAGGAUGUUUAAAAAUUCGGCUGGUGGAACUGAGUUGGAGUUUGUCUCUGGUAUUGUAAAUGAUUACAUGUGGGAUUGUGAAGGAAAUUGUGUCCUUAGAGGAAGAGAAGCUAUCUGUAGGUGUCCAUAGUAAAAAUGGUUGUCGGGUUAUAGGUGAUGAAUGCUCUUUCUGUUUCUUGGGAAAAUUUGUGAAGCAAGGGGCUUCGGUAAUUCAUUCUUUAAAGUUAUGAAUUGCAUUGAAUGCUUAUUAGUGAAUCAUAGGUUUAGUAAGUGGGUGGCAUUAUUCAAUGUUUAAUCAUCAGUUUUCCACCUUUGUGGAAGAGACAGUGAGAUAAUAGACUUUUUAAACAAAUGGUGUUUCAUCUGCUUAGCCCCUAAGUGUCGGUUGCCGCCUGGUGUAUGUUGAAGUGUUUUUCACCUUCGAAGUAAGUGAAUUGCUCUGCUUUUGCCCAGCAGUUUGGUAAUGUCGAUAGGGUUUUUUUGGUUCAGGGGAGCGCUGGCUUCAUCACCUAUAGUAACUUUUUUUCUGCCUGGGCAUAGUUCCUAGAGACAAAGGAGGAGAAUCAUUAGUGGAACAGCUACUGCCCUGCAGGUUACAGGAUUGGUUGCUCUAGUCUGUGUCAUACUCUAGUGGAGAAAGACCUCUUUCCAAACUUACCCUAGGAAGUGCCCUAGGAGUGUGAGCAAAAUACACAUCAAAACAUAAAAAAAAAACAACAACAACAACAACAACAAAAAAAACAGGACUGUUCGUUGUUGAUUUUAUUCAAAUGAGUUAGGUGAAAAGGCAGGUUUAAUGCCUGUGGGAAGUUAGUUGAAAACCAGGUUUAAUGCCUGUUUUACAUGCAUUUGCAAACUCUGUAGAACUUGGAUUUGGCUAAUUUUAACAGCCUAAAAUGUUGUUAACUUUGCACUAAAGAAAUGUGUGAAGAGACUAAAAGCUUUUCUGACUCUUGCAGUUGUAAGUGCAAAACAUCAUGAUAAAAAAUAACCUAUACCACCACCUAGAGUCUGUUUGUUAGUUUAUUGCUCAUGAAGUUUGCUUAAAUUGACAUGUCUGUUAUAGUUCUGAUACAGUCGAAAAUGAUGAAGAAGUGCUAGCUUUCAAAAGGUCAUCCAAGAGAACAAUUAUUUAAGUAAUAAAUAGCAAGUGCCAAUUUAAAUUAUCCAUGCCACCUUUAGAAUGGAAAAUUAUGACAUAUCAAGUUGAGUGGGCUAUUCUCCAAAAGGUAUUAAUUCAAAAGAUUUUGAAACGGAGUUUUCAGUGUGUGCGCCAAGGCAGUUCUGAUUGCUUAAAGACUUCUUCGUUGUUUUCAGAGAUUCAAGAACUCUUCCAAAUCAGAUGCCAUUAGAACUUUUGGAAGUCCAGAUGAAACAAAAGCAAAAAGAUAGGAGAGCAUUACAACUACAGAAAUUCGGGAAAUUCAGAAGUUGAGAGAACGCAGCCCAUGGCAGAGUUGUGGUUCAGAGAUAUGAAAAGUAAAAUCAAUGUGAAUUAAAGUGAUAAUCUGUUUUGCUGGUAGUUUAUAUGUGGUAAAGCAGUCUAUUAAAUGAGAGAGUUAGGGAGGCAGCUUUGUUGCCAUGUGGCUUAUCACAUUGUCCAUGGAGGAAGUAAUGUUCCUCCUUUAAGUGGUAUAGCCUGAGAGAAAGAUAGCCUCCAAGAUCUUUAAUUAAAUACCAGUUGAACAGAAAGAACUAGAGCACGGUAUUAAUUCUGUCAAACAUCACUAUUUUAGAACAUUGAGGACAACUAAAAAUGAAUUAACGCAUAUCUGAAAGCAGAGUUUGAUAGAAGGUGACAGAUGAGGCAAAAUAUGCCAAUCUAAUGGAACAAAUAAGAUAAGGAGGUAUGCCAUCCUUGACUCUAGAAAGAUCAGAGGGAAGAUGAUUAUUGUUAAUUGCACAGAUUCUAUUGCAGACCAGUGCUAGAAGACAAUGACAUAGAAGUAAUUUUAAAUCAGAGUGACUUAGGAUAUAUGAAGUUAAAGGAAUUUGGCUUUUCAUUUUAAAACAUAAAGAAUUUAAGAAACUUAAAAGCUCAUGUUCUAACUGUUGUUUGGGAAAAACUAAUAGUUUGGUGUAUCAGGUUAAAAGAUAAUUUUGCUCAGAAUGAGUUUAAAAUAUCGAAUUUUUGUCGAGGAAAGCAUUAUUCACUUUAAAUUGUGAUAGGGUCAGUUUUGCGUUUGAGAUUGCUUGCUACAAUUAGUUUUUAAUGUAGGUUAGUAAGAGAAGAGGAGUUCUAGUCUCUUCCCUACCCUUUCCCUCCCUCCCUUGCUUUCUUCCCCUUUUCUAAAAUAAACAGCGUCUACAUCUUUGGAUAUUUUCUUCUGUGAAAAGUGCCUUGAUUGCAACUUUCCUUCUUGGCUGUGGUUGGGGUGAAGUUUCUUCACUCUUGUACUUUUCUGCCCCUUCAGGUGACUGAUACACAAUCAGAGUGAGUUUUAUUUUGUGUGUUUGUUUAAUAAUGAUUUACUGUUACACGGAUGAAGACUGGGAAAAAGCAUUUGUCGUUCUAGCAAAGUCCUGUAUACCCAUGUCUUCCAACUGGAGAAAUAUUUUCAUUAAAAUAAUCUUGACAACUAUUGAAAAGUCAAAAGAAAAAUUUCAGCAAGAUAGGGUAGGGGGCUCGCAGGAUGUAUGAGUUUGAAUCUGUGAACUAAAAAGAUUCAAGUUGCAUUUCCUUAAGUUGUUGUUUUUUCAGGGACUUUUGGGGGAGGGGGAAUGAGCAAGCUCCUCCUAUAAUAUUUAGAUAACACAACAAUUAGAGAAAUGUAACACCAGUAUGGUUGCUAAGACUUGAGAAGGUAAAAAACCAGGAAUGUCAGAUGAUGAAACAGGCCAUUGGAAUGGAACUAAAGAUUAUGUCGAGAGGUUGGAAUGAACAAAAAGUAAAUGGAGGAGAGAGAUCUAGUUUCCGUAUCCUGUUUGCAUCUGAUGCUGAAGCAGAGGCAUGAAUUGCUGAUGGAAGUGUUUGGAUUGUGAGCUAUUUCAGAACUCUGUUCUCAGGACUCAUUAUUUUAACAUUUGGGAGAAACACAGCCAGAAGCAGACCGGAGUCGUCCUCUAAAGCUUCCUGACUCUUCCCCGGCCUGGGUCUGUAUCUGACUACGAGCGGCGGGUGCCAUGCCAAGGAGCGUGUGUCACUGUCCCUGCUGCACAGACUGAACGUGCCCUAAACCUGGACAACAGCAGAACUGGGUCUCAGAUUAGCAUUUACCGGCUGUUGUUCCUGAGAUUGCUGCUUCAAACACUUGGUUGUAUGGAUAGAAGAGAUCAGGGAAAAGCACGCACCGCAGUUUCUUCAAUAAAAGUAAAACCAUUUCAAAACACUGGUAUUUGCAUUUAAUGGGGAACAAACGAUGAAGAAGGAAAAGGAAUAUAUCCACUAAGGAUUCUAUCUGCUUACUGCUACAGACCUGUGUUUUAAGGAAUUCUCCUCCUCCUUGCAUAGAAGUUGAUCAGCUCUGUGGUCAGACUGCAUUUAUCUUGUCAUUGCCAGAAGAAAUCCUGGACAGAAUGUAACAGUACGUCUCUCUCUGAUUGCUAUGGAAGGUGAUAAACUGAUACUCACUUAUUAAAGUUACGUCUCACUCACCACAGAAAACCAUUCUUUAAAGUGAAUAGAAACCAAGCCCUUUUGAACACUUCUAUUGAACAUGACUCAUGGAGAAGAGCUUGGCUCUGAUGUGCACCAGGAUUCUAUUGUUUUAACUUACCUAGAAGGAUUACUAAUGCAUCAGGCAGCAGGGGGAUCAGGUACUGCCGUCGACAAAAAGUCUGCUGGGAAUAAUGAAGAGGAUCAGAACUUUCACAUUUCUGGCAGUGCCUUUCCCACCUGUCAAAGUAAUGGUCCAGUUCUCAAUACACAUACAUACCAGGGAUCUGGCAUGCUGCACCUCAAAAAAGCCAGACUGUUGCAGUCUUCUGAGGACUGGAAUGCAGCAAAGCGGAAGAGGCUGUCUGAUUCUAUCGUAAAUUUAAACGUAAAGAAGGAAGCUUUGCUAGCUGGCAUGGUUGACAGUGUGCCUAAAGGCAAACAGGAUAGCACAUUACUGGCCUCUUUGCUUCAGUCGUUCAGCUCCAGGCUGCAGACUGUUGCUCUGUCACAACAAAUUAGGCAGAGCCUCAAGGAGCAAGGAUAUGCCCUCAGUCAUGAUUCUUUAAAAGUGGAGAAGGAUUUAAGGUGCUAUGGUGUUGCAUCAAGUCACUUAAAAACUUUGUUGAAGAAAAGUAAAGUUAAAGAUCAAAAGCCUGAUACAAAUCUUCCUGAUGUGACUAAAAACCUCAUCAGAGAUAGGUUUGCAGAGUCUCCUCAUCACGUUGGACAAAGUGGAGCAAAGGUCAUGAGUGAACCGUUGUCAUGUGCUGCAAGAUUACAGGCUGUUGCAAGCAUGGUAGAAAAAAGGGCUAGUCCUGCCACCUCCCCGAAACCUAGUGUUGCUUGUAGCCAGUUAGCAUUACUUCUGUCAAGCGAAGCCCAUUUGCAGCAGUAUUCUCGAGAACAUGCUUUAAAAACACAAAAUGCAAAUCAAGCAGCAAGUGAAAGACUUGCUGCUAUGGCCAGAUUGCAAGAAAAUGGCCAGAAGGAUGUUGGUAGUUUCCAGCUCUCAAAAGCCAUGUCAAGCCAUCUUAAUGGUCAGGCUAGAACAUCAUCAAGCAAACUGAUGGCUAGCAAAAGUAGUGCAACAACAUUUCAAAAUCCAAUGGGUAUCAUUCCUUCUUCCCCAAAAAAUGCAGGUUAUAAGAACUCACUGGAAAGAAACAAUAUAAAACAAGCUGCUAACAAUAGUUUGCUUUUACAUCUUCUUAAAAGCCAGACUAUACCUAAGCCAAUGAAUGGACACAGUCACAGUGAGAGAGGAAGCAUUUUUGAGGAAAGUAGUACACCUACAACUAUUGAUGAAUAUUCAGAUAACAAUCCUAGUUUUACAGAUGACAGCAGUGGUGAUGAAAGUUCUUAUUCCAACUGUGUUCCCAUAGACUUGUCUUGCAAACACCGAACUGAAAAAUCAGAAUCUGACCAACCUGUUUCCCUGGAUAACUUUACUCAAUCCUUGCUAAACACUUGGGAUCCAAAAGUCCCAGACGUAGAUAUCAAAGAAGAUCAAGAUACCUCAAAGAAUUCUAAGCUAAACUCACACCAGAAAGUAACACUUCUUCAAUUGCUACUUGGCCAUAAGAAUGAAGAAAAUGUAGAAAAAAACACCAGCCCUCAGGGAGUACACAAUGAUGUGACCAAGUUCAGUACACAAAAUUAUGCAAGGACUUCUGUGAUAGAAAGCCCCAGUACAAAUCGGACUACGCCAGUGAGCACUCCACCAUUACUUACGUCAGCCAAAGCAGAGUCUCCCAUCAAUCUCUCUCAACACUCUCUGGUCAUCAAAUGGAAUUCCCCAGCGUAUGCCUGCAGUACUCAGUCUGAAAAGACUGCAUCUAACCACUCAAUGGACCUUACAAAAAGCAAAGACACGCCAGGAGAGAAACCAGCCCAAAACGAAGGUGCACAAAACUCUGCAACUUUCAGUGCCAGUAAGCUGUUACAAAACUUAGCACAAUGUGGACUGCAGUCUUCCAUGUCAGUGGAAGAGCAGCGACCCAGCAAACAGCUGUUAACUGUAAACACAGAUAAACCGAUAGGUGUGAUUGAUAGAUUAAAUAGCCCUUUGCUCGCAAAUAAAACGAAUGCAGCUGAAGAAAGUCAAGCAUUUAGUAGUCAACCAACAGGUCCUGAACCAGGGCUUUCUGGUUCUGAAAUAGAAAAUCUGCUUGAAAGACGUACCGUCCUCCAGUUGCUCCUGGGAAACCCCAACAAAGGUAAAAGUGAAAAGAAAGAGAAAACUCUCUUAAGAGAUGAAAGUACUCAGGAACACUCAGAGAGAGCUUUAAGUGAACAAAUAUUGAUGGUGAAAAUAAAAUCUGAGCCUUGUGAUGACUUACAAAUUCCUAAUACAAAUGUGCACUUGAGCCAUGAUGCCAAGAGUGCUCCAUUCUUGGGUAUGGCUCCUGCUGUGCAGAGAAGCGCACCUGCCUUACCAGUGUCCGAAGACUUUAAAUCGGAGCCUGUUUCACCUCAGGAUUUUUCUUUCUCAAAGAAUGGUCUCUUAAGUCGAUUGCUAAGACAAAAUCCAGAUAGUUACCUGGCAGAUGAUUCAGACAAGAGUCACAGAAGUAAUGAAAUGGCACUUCUAGAAUCAAAGAAUCUGUGCAUGGUCCCUAAGAAAAGGAAGCUUUAUACUGAGCCAUUAGAAAAUCCAUUUAAAAAGAUGAAAAACAACGUUGUUGAUGCUGCAAACAAUCACAGUACCCCAGAAGUACUGUAUGGGCCCUUGCUUAACCAGGAAGAGCUGAAAUUUAGCAGAAAUGAUCUUGAGUUUAAAUAUCCUGCUGGUCAUGGCUCAGCCAGCGAAAGUGAACAUAGGAGUUGGGCCAGAGAGAGCAAAAGCUUCAAUGUUCUGAAACAGCUGCUUCUCUCAGAAAACUGUGUGCGAGAUUUGUCCCCGCACAGAAGUAACUCUGUUGCUGACAGUAAAAAGAAAGGACACAAAAAUAAUGUGACCAACAGCAAACCUGAAUUUAGCAUUUCUUCUUUAAAUGGACUGAUGUACAGUCCCACUCAGCCCAGCAGUUGCAUGGAUAACAGGACAUUUUCAUACCCAGGAGUAGUAAAAACUCCUGUGAGUCCUACUUUCCCUGAGCACUUGGGCUGUGCAGGGUCUAGACCAGAAUCUGGGCUUUUGAAUGGGUGUUCCAUGCCCAGUGAGAAAGGACCCAUUAAGUGGGUUAUCACUGAUGUGGAGAAGAAUGAGUACGAAAAAGACUCCCCAAGACUGACCAAAACCAACCCAAUACUAUAUUAUAUGCUGCAGAAAGGAGGCAAUUCUGUUACCAGUCGAGAAACACAAGACAAAGACAUUUGGAGGGAGCCUUCAUCUGCUGAAAGUCUCUCACAGGUCACAAUCAAAGAAGAGUUACUUCCUACUGCAGAAACGAGAGCUUCUUUCUUUAAUUUAAGAAGCCCUUACAAUAGCCAUAUGGGAAAUAAUGCUUCUCGCCCACACAGUGCAAACGGAGAAGUUUAUGGACUUCUGGGAAACGUGCUAACAAUAAAAAAAGAAUCAGAAUAAAAUGUACCUGCCAUCCAGUUUGGGAUCUUUUUAAAACAUAAUGAGUAUGAACUUGAGAUCUGUAUAAAUAAGAGCAUGAUUUGAGAAAAGCAUGGUAUAAUUGAAACUUUUUUUCAUUUUGAAAAGUAUUGGUUACUGGUGAUGUUUAAAUAUGCAUACUAAUUUUUGCUUAACAUUAGAUGUCAUGAGGAAACUACUGAACUAGCAAUUGGUUGUUUAACACUUCUGUAUGCAUCAGAUAACAACCGUGAGUAGCCUAUGAAUGAAAUUCUUUUAUAAACAUAAAUAAUAGGCAUAAAUUAAAAUGUAAAACUCCAUUCAUAGUGGAAUAAUGCAUUUUGCUGCCUUUAUUAGGGUACUUUAUUUUGCUUUUCAGAAGUCAGCCUACAUAACACAUUUUUUAAAGUCCAAACUGUUAAACAACUCUUUAAAGGAUAAUUAUCCAAUUAAAAAAAAACCUAGUGCUGAUUCACAGCUUAUUAUCCAAUUCAAAAAUAAAUUAGAAAAAUAUAUGCUUACAUUUUUUCACUUUUGCUAAAAAAGAAAAAAAAAAAGUGUUUAUUUUUAACUCUUGGAAGAGGUUUUGUGGUUCCCAAUGUGUCUGUCCACCCUGAUCCUUUUCAAUAUAGAUUUCUUUAAACCUUGUACUACUUAGUAAAAAUUGAUUACAAUUGAGGGAAGUUUGAUAGAUCCUUUAAAAAAAAAAAGGCAGAUUUCCAUUUUUUGUAUUUUAACUACUUUACUAAAUUAAUACUCCUCCUUUUACAGAAUUAGAAAAGUUAACAUUUGCCUUUAGGUGGUUUCCUGAAAAGUUGAAUAUUUAAGAAAUUGUUUUUAACAGAAGCAAAAUGGCUUUUCUUUGGACCGUUUUCACCAUCUCUUGUAAAAGCUAAUUCUCACCAUUCCUGUGGUACCUGCGAGUCUUAUGACCAGGAUUCCUUAAAGCUGAACUCUGACCACUUGCGUUAGAACCAUCUCCAUCUGGAGCACUUGUUUUAAAAUGCAGAUUCAUAGGCAGCAUCUCAGAUCUACAGAACAAGAAUCUCUGCUAAGUGAACCUGGAAUCUUCCAUCUGCAUCUUAACACGCUCCCUAGGUGUUUCUUGUGUUUGAGAACCAUGGCUUAUGACUUUCCUCAGAACAUGAGACUGUAAAACAAAACAAACAAUUUGAUGCCUCUAUUUUCCCCAAUACAGUCACACAUCAGCUCAAAAUUUGCAAUAUUGUAGUUCAUAUAUUACCGUUAUGUCUUUGGAAAUCGGGUUCAGAACACUUUUUAUGACAAAAAAAAUUGGGUGGAGGGGAUAACUUUCAUAUCUGGCUCAACAUCUCAGGAAAAUCUGUGAUUAUUUAUGUGUUCUAAUGAGUAACAUCUACUUAGGUAGCCUUAGGGAUGGAAAAACAGGGCCACUUACCAAACUCAGGUGAUUCCAGGAUGGUUUGGAAACUUCUCCCGAAUACAUCCUUAACCUUUAUUAAAACCAUUGUCCUAAGAACAAUGCCAACAAAGGCUACAACAUUUAGUUUAAACCCAAGAAAGGCACUAAAUUCAGAUUGGCUAAAUAAAAAGUACAACGGGCACAUAUACAUGACAGAAUUGUACACAAUCACUCCAUUGGAUCUUUUAAAAUAGUGAUGAAAAGUAAAUGUUGAUACAGUCUUAGAAGAACUUAAUAUAUUCUUGAAGCCACAUGGGGUUUCAGUUGUGAAACAGGUCUGUUUUUAUGUUCAGUUUGUACAAUCCACAAUUCAUUCACCAGACAUUUUGUUUUUAAUUGUGAGCCUGGUUAGCAAAUGACCUAUCAAAAAUUAUUCUAUAAUCACUACUAGUUAGAAGGAUAUUGAUUUAAAGUUGUUCUUCUUGAAGUGGUUUCUAAGGUUUUUAUAUUAAAAAUAGGUGUGAUUUCAUAAUAUGAUCUAAAACCCUAAAUGGUUAUUUUUCCUCAGAAUGAUUUGUAAAUAGCUACUGGAAAUAUUAUACAGUAAUAGGAGUGGGUAUUAUGCAACAUCAUGGAGAAGUGAAGGCAUAGGCUUAUUCUGACGUAAAAUUCCACUGGCCAGUUGAAUAUAUUCUACUCCAUGUCCAUACUAUGACAAUCUUAUUGUCAACACUAUAUAAAUAAGCUUUUAAACAAGUCGUUUUUCUUGAUUGUUGUGAAAGGUUUGGAGCCUUAGAGGUAUGUCAGAAAAAAUAUGUUGGUGUUCUCCCUUGGGUAGGGGGAAAUGGCCUUUUUACAAGAGAGUGAAAUUUAGGUCAGGGAAAAGACUGUCAAGGGCCAGCAUUGCUUUUUUUUUUUUUCUCUUAUGGGUUUUGUUUUGCUUUUUGGUUGGUUGGUUGGUUUCGUUGUUGUUAACAAAGGAAUGAGAAUAUGUAAUACUUAAACAUGACCACAAAGAAUGCUGUUCUGAUUUACUAGAGAAUGUCCCCAAUUUGAAUUUAGGGUGAUUUUAAAGAACAGUGAGAAGGGGUAUACAUCCACAGAUUCACUUUGUUUAUGCAUAUGUAGAUACAAGGAUGCACAUACACACAUUUUCAAGGACUAUUUUAGAUAUCUAGACAAUUUCUUCUAAUAAAGUCAUUUGUGAAAGGGUACUACAGCUCUCAUUGACAUCAGUAAGGUAGUAUUCAUUACCUGUUUAUUCUCUGCUGCAUCUUACAGAAGAGUAAACUGGUGAGAGUAUAUAUUUUAUAUAUAUAUAUAUUAUAUGUAUAUAUAUAUAUUGACUUGUUACAUGAAGAUGUUAAAAUCGGUUUUUAAAGGUGAUGUAAAUAGUGAUUUCCUUAAUGAAAAAUACAUAUUUUGUAUUGUUCUAAUGCAACAGAAAAGCCUUUUAAUCUCUUUGGUUCCUGUAUAUUCCAUGUAUAAGUGUAAAUAUAAUCAGACAGGUUUAAAAGUUGUGCAUGUAUGUAUACAGUUGCAAGUCUGGACAAAUGUAUAGAAUAAACCUUUUAUUUAAGUUGUGAUUACCUGCUGCAUGAAAAGUGCAUGGGGGACCCUGUGCAUCUGUGCAUUUGGCAAAAUGUCUUAACAAAUCAGAUCAGAUGUUCAUCCCAACAUGACAGUAUUCCAUUUCUGGACAUGACGUCUGUGGUUUAAGCUUUGUGAAAGAAUGUGCUUUGAAUCCAAGGGUCUUAAACAGUUUUUUUAAUCGUCAACCACUUUUAAACAUAAAGAAUUCACACAACUACUUUCAUGAAUUUUUUAAUCCCAUUGCAAACAUUAUUCCAAGAGUAUCCCGGUAUUAGCAAUACUGGAAUACAGGCACAUUACCAUUCAUAGUAAGAAUUCUGGUGUUUACACAACCAAGUUUGAUGCGAUCUGCUCAGUAAUAUAAUUUGUCAUUUUUAUUAGAAAUUUAAUUUCUUCAUAUGAUGUCAUGAAACUGUACAUACUGCAGUGUGAAUUUUUUUUGUUUUGUUUUUUAAUCUUUUAGUGUUUACUUCCUGCAGUGAAUUUGAAUAAAUGAGAAAAAAAUGCAUUGUC